UCAUCGCGAAGCACAAUAUCAAGACCGGUCCUCCAGAGAUGGGAGGCAAAUUUCGACCUUGAUCUGGUUCGGCCAAAAUAAAACACUAAGCGCGCGGAAAAGACGCCGAGGAUAGCGGAGGCUCAACACGUCUGGAUUAUAUUUCACCGAGCUGAAUCUCACCGGCCCACAAAUGAGCAACAGCAGAUGAACUUGAUGAGGUCCAGUCAGCUGAUGAAAGAGGAGUGAUCACGUCAUCCUUCUCUUGUAGAGUCCAUCCAGUGAGGCUGAAGAGGUGUCCCUUCAGCCCGCCUCAUUUCUUCACCAUUUCCUCUCCGAGUUGGUCCCCAAGUGUUUCGAAACUGUUUCUCCAACACUUUUUCCAAAAACUCAGACUGUUUUCCAAAGCAGCACAGCCCUCCCAGACUGUGGUGAUGGGAAGUGUGCGAGCCAGCCGCUACAGCAUUGUGUCAUCAGAGGAGGACGGCAUGAAGCUGGCCACUAUGGCGGUACCCAACGGCUACGGGAACGGCAAGAGCAAGGUGCACACGCGACACCAGCCGCAAAGCAGAUUCGUAAAGAAAGACGGUCACUGCAACGUGCAGUUCAUCAACGUGAGCGAGAAAGGUCAGCGGUACUUGGCUGACAUCUUCACUACGUGCGUGGACAUCCGCUGGAGGUGGAUGUUCAUCAUCUUCUGCCUCGCCUUUCUCCUGUCGUGGCUGUUCUUCGGCUGCGUCUUCUGGCUGGUGGCCAUCUUCCACGGGGACUUGGAAAGUAGCGGCCAGAAGUGCGUCUCCAACGUGAGCAGCUUCACCGCCGCCUUCCUGUUCUCCAUUGAGACUCAAACUACCAUUGGCUACGGCUACAGAUACGUGACAGACGAGUGCCCUGUCGCUGUCUUCAUGGUGGUUUUCCAAAGCAUUGUGGGCUGCAUUAUUGACGCCUUCAUCAUUGGUGCGGUCAUGGCAAAGAUGGCAAAACCAAAGAAGAGGAAUGAAACUUUGAUUUUUAGCCAUAACGCCACAGUGGCCAUGAGGGACAACAAGCUUUGCCUCAUGUGGCGUGUGGGCAACUUAAGGAAGAGCCACCUGGUAGAGGCACAUGUGCGGGCACAACUUCUGAAAUCCCGGACGACGGCAGAGGGGGAGUACAUCCCCCUCGACCAGAUGGACAUAGAUGUGGGCUUUGACAGCGGAGUCGACCGCAUCUUCCUGGUCUCGCCCAUCACCAUCGUCCAUGAAAUCAACGACGACAGCCCCUUCUACAACAUGAGCAAGCAGGACCUGGAGAACUCAGAGUUCGAAAUCGUGGUCAUCCUGGAGGGCAUGGUCGAGGCAACCGCUAUGACGACGCAGUGCCGCAGCUCCUACGUCGCUGGCGAGAUCCUCUGGGGCCAUCGGUUCGAGCCUGUGCUUUUUGAGGAGAAGAACUACUACAAGGUGGACUACUCUCGCUUCCAUAAGACAUACAAGGUGCCGAGCACCCCUCUGUGCAGCGCCAGGAAACUUGCAGAGAAAAAAUACAUUCUCUCAAACUCAAACUCCUUCUGCUAUGAAAACGAGAUUGCGCUGGAGAACAAAGAGGACACGGACGAGGGGAACGGGGGCAGCGUUGGGCCCGACGGCACCCAGACAGACAACAUCUCAGAGACUGAACACAGCCGAGCCACGGUGCCGCUGGAGCCCCGGCCUCUGAGACGAGAGUCAGAAAUAUGACUGUUCAGACCUCAGACCUCAUGUGAGGGAUGUUAAAAAAAAAAAAAAAUCACCUCUCUGCUCCGAAAGGCACAACAUGCCGAGCUGGGCCUUGGGUAGAGGACAAGCCGAACGGUACUGCUGAGGAAAGCGGCAAGGUUUAGGACCUUGUAUGCAAUAGUCUGCUUGAACUUUGACUACAUACAGUAUGACAAAACACAGCACUAUGAACCGUGUGCAUAUUGCAGGAAGAAUUCUCCAUCAAGUCCCCAUUACGUGUCUGGAGACUGCAAGAUGACGGGGAGGAUGUAGGUUGUUGACUUGACUUGAAAAUUGCAGGCAUGUCUCAAUUUCUCUGUCCGGCAUGAACAAGAAGGUGGUUUUUAUAGUUAGAGUAUGUUCUCAAGUGCUGCUAGAAAACAGUUUGUGCCUUCUUAUAGAACCAAAGAGUACACGACAAGGAUGUCUGGAACAAAGAAGGUACGAGUAUUUGUUCCUGAGCUGGUCUCAUUGCAGACAUCACAGAAAUAAAUUGUACCAAAA